UGUCCCCAACAUUGGGCUAAAGGAUGCAUUCCCUCCUGUUCAUGUGCAAAACACAAGACUUUAUACUGUGAUAUAAACAAAGGUGAAUGUGUAUGCAAACCUGGAUGGACUGGCUAUAACUGCGAAAUGGAAGUUGACCUUUGUUCUUCUAACUCUUGUCCUGCCAACACUACAUGUGAAACUGAAGAUGGGAUUUUAUCAUGUCGCUGUAAGUAA